UUUUUUUUGAUCUUUUUUUUUUUUUUUUGUUACCUUGUCUGUAUACAUUCCCUCCUUGUCAUCUUAAUUAUAUAUACACUCAUUCAAAUAAGCACAUAUACACGAACACAAACACAGAUACACGCAUAUAUAUAUACUUCAUUAACUGUCCAAGUGAUGACAUUAUCCAGGCGCUCUACUACAAGACAACAGGGUAACCCCACUUCACCAACGACUCCUUGCUUAACGUCACAAACCGAAUCAGGUUCAUCUACAACCGCAACAGUACAUGGCACAGGAACUUCAACAGCAAACAAGACAUCUGAGGAUGAAAGUUCGGAUGACAAUGCCGUAACCCGGUGUCCUUGCGGAAAAGAAAAACUACCUUAUCUCUAUGACAAUGACAUGGACGACGGAGAUGAAGGUUUAAUGGUACAAUGUGAUCAAUGUGAAGUAUGGCAACACUGCAAGUGUGUUGGACUUGAAGAAGAGAAGGAUAUUCCUGAUCAAUAUUAUUGUGAACAGUGUCGACCAGAAAACCACAAAUCUGUUAAAUCAGCUCAUGGAAGAAGAUUCAAACGAUUCUAUAGUUCUGUCGGAUUCACUCAAGACCCAAGUCAAGAUCCAGUUAUUGUCAACAAACCUGCAAAGAGAAGAAAAAAGACUUCAGAACCUUCUGGAUCGAGGAAAUCAUCACGUCAUACACCUAACAAACAAAAGGAAACAUCAUCAGCUCUAGUCGAUCAAGAAGUAACGUCAGCUUCACCGUCGCCGUUAUUUAAUGAUAACAACGAUAACAAUAAAAAUAAUAAAAACCUUGAAGGAACGGUAAUAGAAAAUGGCACAAGUGAUGUUGAUGAAGUACGUAUUACAAGAUCAAAACGAUCGGUUUAUUCCCCUGUGGCUGAAUCCUUGGAAAUGAUUACACCUUCUUCUACUGCCUCGACUCGACGAAAGAAACCAUCGACUACUCCUAAUGGUACUUCACAUUUGAAUACCCAUGCAACUGUUAUUCUUUCUACGCUUACUGCCUCACCAACCUCAUUAACAUCAACCACUCAUUCUUUGCCAACCUCAGGAAAACGGUCUUCCCAUAUAUCAUCACCAACAAGAAAUGCUCAAGGAAGGUUUCACAAGACGGAUUCUCGAGCAUCCACACCUCAUCCGACAACUUCGGGAUUUAUGCCAACCAUGUCUCCGUCCUCGUCCUCAUCAUCAACAACAACAACAACAACCAUUCAUACUACCAACGUACGUCGUGAUGAUACAUCUGGUAGUUAUUGGAAUGAAGAUGGAUUACCCAGUCGUGAAGGAUCUCCUCCUGCUAGAGUCAAAUACCCCAAUCCAAAAAUGACUAUGGCGGACAUGAAUAAAAGAGCCAAGCAAAUUAUGGAUCAUAUCAAUAAGAUGAAAUCUACAUUCCAACAGCAACAAGAAGAGAAAACCUCAACAACAACCUCGACAACGACAACAACAAUUACUACUGCGACGUUGAUUGAUUCUGGAUCGACCACAACUGUGUAUAAAGCAACGGCGGACAACACCGAGCACUAUUCAGGAUCUGUACCACCGAUGUAUAUUAAUAGCAACACAUCCGCAACAUCAUCCGCUUGUCAUUCUACUUUAUUUGCAACAAAUAGUGAUGAUGACACUGACAACACAAUCGACAAUGAAGAAGAAGAACGUCCACGAUCUUAUUCUACAAGUUCAGUAUCAUCAUCUAUUAGUUCAGCAUCUACAGUACCCCUUUUAUUGGAUGAUGAUGAUGAUCGACAUACUUCAUCUUCCUCAUUAAUGUUGUCAACAGGAUCACCUACUUCGCCUAUGCCAUUGAAUAAAUUGUUUUUGGAGAAACAAGAAUCGUCGUUGGAUAUGAUGGAUCGAGUGUACAGGGAUCUUCUCAAGUUUCAAAGGAAGUUUGGUCGUAUUUUCCAAGGCCAUCAAGCAUCCUCUUCUGUACGAUGAUCUCAUUUUAUGUGUACCUCCUUAGUUUAGUUGAUGAUACUUGUUUAUUGAUAUUUUGUAGUAGUGAUAGAAAUUUAGUUAGUGUUUUUUUUUUUUAUCUGUUGAAAAUAGAUGAAUAAACAAAUCAAUUAUAUUGAGAUCGUCC